AUGAAAGCUUUUGCAGGGAUUCUCAUGGGAUAUUUUAUCUUUGAUGCGAUUGUGGCUGCUCCUACAAUGAAUUCUGUAACUUACGGUUCCGAAACAUAUGAAGUAGCUUUCGAAGAUCUGGAUAAUUUAUAUGACUAUGAUGAAAAACUAUAUAUUGAUCAAGCACAGGCAGAGAUUGGAACAGUCUUACCAUCCAUAACUCAAGCAAUUCAUUUAUCUUCUCCACUGCCAGAAGAACAUGAAGAGGAAGCAUCUACACCCAAACUUUUUGAUGGCUUUUCACCUCAUGAACCAGAAGUUCUUGGUCCUCAUGCAAAAGAUCUGCCAACUUGUCUUCUGUGUACCUGUCUGGGUACCUCAGUAUACUGUGAUGAUCGUGAACUGGAAGUUCUCUCACCAUUGCUCAAGCAAACCACCCAUUUCUAUGCCCGCUACAAUAGAAUAAAAAAGAUAAACAGGGAUGCUUUUGCCCACCUAGACAACCUGAAAAGGAUUGAUUUGACUUCUAAUUUUAUCUCAGAAGUGGAUGAAGAUGCCUUCAGGAAUUUACCACAACUUCAGGAGCUGAUACUUAGAGAUAAUGAAAUACAACAACUUCCAGAAUUACCAACAACACUUAAAUUCAUUGAUAUCAGUAACAAUAGACUUGGUCGCAAAGGGAUAAAACAAGAAGCAUUUAAAGAUAUGAUUGACUUGCACCAUCUUUACAUCACUAGUAAUAAUUUGGAUCACAUCCCAGUUCCACUCCCUGAAAGUCUCCAAUCACUUCAUCUGCAAAAUAACAAUAUUCUAGAGAUGCAUGAAGAUACUUUCUGCAAAAUGAAUGAUCGUUCUUAUAUCCGUAAACCUCUUGAGGACAUUAGAUUAGAUGGUAAUCCCAUUAACCUGAGCAAAACUCCAUAUGCCUAUAUGUGCUUGCCCCGUCUGCCUGUUGGAAGCUUUUUCUAA